UAUAUUUUAUAAUUUGUAUCAAAGACGCGCCUUACAGUUGUCCAGUUAUCGAGUAUUCCAGCAAUACAAAUUCAGUUGACGUGACAUUUUGUCUCCACGCGUAUGCCGUAUAUGUGCUUUAUUAUUAUUGUAUCGUUCGCGUUUUUAUAUUUUAUAAUUUAUGUCAAAGACGGUUCAGUCGUCCAGUUGUCCAGUAAUACAAAUACAUUUGACGUUGUAUACCUAUACAUUUUCGUAUUAAAAUGGCAACUUAUUCAGUAGUUCACUUUUUCGGUGAUGACUCUGUAGAACCUGUACCUAGUAUUUGGAUUUCAAAAAAUGGGACUUGUGCAUGGCCAAAAAAUGGAGCUUUGAUUAAAAAAUACAUACAACUAAAAACUAUUCCUAAUGAAAUUGAAUUUGUUUAUCAUAAAGCAAGAGUUCUUAAAACAAAUAUCAAAUCAUUGGGAGAAGCUAACAGUUUGGCAGAAAAAGGGUGUAUACAAAGUGAUCUAUCAGAUUAUACUGGUGACUUGAUGAAGUCCAAGAGAAAAAUAAAAGAAAAAAAAAAUCACUCAUAUUCAGAUUGUCCUGAGUAUUCAGAUUCUGAUGAUGAUAAAUCUAAUAAGUCUGAUCAUAAAUCAAUAAAAUAUGCAGGUUGGUCUCCUUCUCCAAAAAAGUUUAAAACGCUUAAAAGUCAACAAAAACCAUCAAUAGUUAAACAGCUGUCUUAUGAUAUAUUGUCAAAUGUGACUGAUAACUAUAAGAAUGUGCCAAAAUCAAACUUUGAUAAAGAUACAAAUGAAGACAUUGUUGAAGAUAAAUUAGAGUCUACUGAUGUUCAUCUUGAUGAAAAAAGUUCAGAAGUAUGUAUCAGAACACCUAAAUUAUUAGACGUAUCUAUAGAAGCUGUAACUAAAGUAACACCAGGCAGUAGUACACCAGGCAAAGAUUUUCAAAAAGAAACUUUACACAUGUUGGCAUUUAUCAAACAUGAAUUACGGCGUAUCAUAAAUAAUCAAAGAGAUAUGGCUCAAAGAUUUGAUUUUAUUGAGAUACGUUUAAAUAGUAUGCCAACAAAAGAUUCUUCUGUCAACAAUAAGAUAUUCUCAUCAUUAAAUGACAUGACUUGUUGCCCAUUACCCAUCGAUAAUAUGACAGAUCUUGAUACAUUGGAAAGUAAUAUUUUGGGAGAUGGAGCAUUCCGCACAAACUUAGUGAAUGAAUUAUCUUAUAUUGGUGGAAAAAAUGUUAAAUCUAUGGUAAAAAGGCUUAUGGCUAAGUUAUUUAAAGAUGAGUUAUUGAAAGACUUCUCAUAUACUGGGAAGAAAGGAAAACAGAAAUUUUCAAAUUUAGCAACUUGUUCCGUAAUAUUUGAUGCCAUUAAAACUCAAGAAAAGUUUAAACACGGUACUCAAAAUGAAAUGGAAGACAUUAUUAAAUAUGUACUUGCUCAAGCUCCAUUUAACCUGAAGAGGCAAAUUGAAAAAAAUAACUAAAUUAAUUACUCCAUUUUUAUUGUUUGGUAUUAAUAAGAAUAAAAUGUUUAAUUAAUAUUAA